CUGUGCUUGCAGGUCAGAAGAUUCUUCACCACAGAAGUGAUGUCUUAGAAACUGUAGUCCUGAUCAACCCCUCAGAUGAAGCAGUUAGUACUGAGGUGCGCUUAAUGAUCACAGAUGCUGCAAGACACAAGCUCCUGGUACUAACUGGACAGUGCUUUGAAAACACAGGAGAACUCAUUCUUCAAUCAGGGUCCUUCUCCUUCCAGAACUUCAUUGAGAUCUUCACGGACCAAGAGAUUGGUGAAUUAUUGAGCACCACACACCCUGCCAACAAAGCCAGCCUAACUCUCUUCUGCCCUGAGGAAGGCGACUGGAAAAAUUCCAACCUUGACAGACACAACCUUCAAGAUUUUAUUAACAUUAAACUCAACUCGGCUUCCAUAUUGCCCGAAAUGGAAGGACUCUCUGAAUUCACAGAGUAUCUCUCAGAAUCAGUAGAAGUGCCAUCACCUUUUGACAUUUUGGAACCACCAAUCUCAGGAGGCUUCUUGAAACUCUCCAAACCCUGCUGUUAUAUUUUCCCAGGGGGAAGAGGGGACUCGGCUUUGUUUGCUGUGAAUGGAUUCACUAUGCUUAUUAAUGGAGGAUCUGAAAGAAAAUCUUGCUUCUGGAAAGUUAUCCGGCACUUGGACAGGGUAGAUUCCAUUCUGCUCACUCACAUUGGAGAUGACAACCUGCCAGGAAUCAAUACCAUGCUUCAGCGAAAAAUAGCUGAACUAGAAGAGGAACAGUCCCAAGGGUCUACUGCCAACAGUGACUGGAUGAAAAAUCUGAUCUCACCUGAUUUAGGAGUUGUGUUCCUUAAUGUACCUGAGAACCUCAAGAACCUGGAUCCUAACUUUAGAGUAAAGAGAAGUGUAGAAGAAGCUUGUUUUACUCUCCAGUAUUUAAACAAAUUGUCUAUGAAGCCAGAACCUCUUUUCAGAAAUACGGGAAAUACCAUUGACCCUAUCAUUUUAUUUCAGAAAAUGGGAGUUGGCAAACUUGAGAUGUAUGUGCUAAAUCCUGUCAAAAAUAGCAAAGAGAUGCAAUAUUUUAUGCAGCAGUGGAGUGCCACUAACAAAGAUAGAGCUGAAUUCCUGCUACCAAAUGGCCAAGAACUAGAUAUCCCAUUAUCCUACUUCACCUCUGUCUCUUCCCUGAUUGUGUGGCAUCCAGCUAAUCCUGCAGAAAAAAUAAUACGAGUUCUGUUUCCUGGAAACAGCACACAAUAUAAUAUCCUAGAAGGACUAGAAAAACUCAAACAUUUAGACUUCCUUAAACAACCUAUGGUUACACAAAAAGACCUGACUGGGAACAUUGCUAGUCCAUCUGUGAAACAAACAAAGCUGAAACAACGAGCAGACAGCAAGGAGAGUCUCAAGCCUGCUGCAAAGAUAACACCAUCCAAGCCUGUCAGAAAAGAGUCUAAAGAAGAAACAGCAGAGCCCGUGAAGCCUAAUCUGGCACCAGAAAAGCCUCAGAAGUUGGAAAGCAAAGAAAAAGUUCCAAUUAAAAAAGAGAAACCGGCAAAAGUGGAGGCCAAACCUAUAGUGGGGGAAAAAGAUGUAACAACUAAAGAAGAAUUAGCAAAAUCUGAAGGUCCUGAAAAACAAACUACAGAUGUAAAACCAAAAGUGUCAAAGGAGAAAGUAGUGAAAAAGGAAGUCAAAUCAAAACUUGAAGAAAAGAAAGACGAAAAAGAAAAACCAAAGAAAGAGGUUUCUAAAAAAGAGGAGAAAACCACCAUCAAAAAGGAGGAAAAGACCAAAAAAGAAGAGAUAAAGACAGAAGUUAAAAAAGAGGUGAAAAAAGAAGAGAAGAAGGAAGCCAAGAGGGAAUUAAAGAAAGAAUAUCCACCAAAGGAAGCUAAAAAAGAAGAGAAGAAGGAAAUUAAGAAGGAAGAAAAGGAAGCAAAAAAGGACGUUAAAAAGGUUCUUAAAGAAACAAAGAAGACAACUGCCCCUUUGACUGAAGCCAAAAAGUCAGCAGCAAAGCCUAAAUUGCAAAAGAAAGAGGAACCUGCUAAAAGAGAAGCAGUACCUGCUGGAAAGCCAAAGGAAAAAGGAAAAGUUAAGACUGUGAAGAAGGAGAUAAAAGUCAGUGGAGCACAAACUGCCCUUGCAGCAGUUGGAGUCACUGCCACAACUCUAGCAGCUGUAGCAGAUGCAGAAAUUACAGCCAGUGGAAAAGAACUUGAAGCAGAGAGAUCACUUAUGUCUUCUCCAGAAGAUUUAACAAAGGAUUUUGAGGAAUUAAAAGCUGAAGAAGUAGAAACAAUAAAAGAAACAAAUCCUCAAGUUGCACUAAUAGACGAACUGAAACUCACUGGCACGGUACAAAAAGAAGCCUUCGAAGUACAAAAAGAAAAAAUAGAUAAUGAAGGACCUGCCGAGUCCUCUGAUGAAGGCAUAACUACCACAGAGGCUGAGGGUGAGUGUGAACAGACACCUGAAGAAUUGGAACCUGCGGAAAAGCAUCGAGUCGAUGACAAUGAGAAGUUUGAAGAUGAAGGAACUGGCUUGGAAGAAUCAUCUGAAGCGGGAGAUUAUGAGGAAAAGGCAGAGACAGAAGAAGCUGAAGAACGAGGUGAAGACGAAGAAGAGAAGACACCACUGGACACCACAAAACCAUAUAUGGAGGAACCAAGAAAAGCUGAAAAGAGCUCAAAAGGAAUGGCUGAAGCAGAUGCUAACAUUAAAGGUGAAAAGUAUAUUGAAAAGACAGAUUACAAGUCAUCAGAUGAACGGGCUGAGGAAGACAGAGAAGAAGCAAUAGAAAAGGCAGAAAAUGAAGAGACUGAAGAACAGGAGGAAGACAAAGCAGAAGACAUCAGAGAUGAGGAGGCAACUGAAAAAACAGAAGCUGAAGAUUACGUGAUGGCUGUGGUAGACAAAGCUACAGGAGCUGGUGAAGUUGAAGAUAAAUAUGGCCUGCUCAUAAGUAGGCCAACAAAACGCGCAGAGCCUCUGUCUCGGGCAGCUGAACUAGCCUCUUCUAUCCAUGAUGAGACAUUGCCUGGUGGUUCAGAAAGUGAAAACACUGUUUCUGAUGAAGAAAAUAGAGAAGAUCAACCAGAGGAAUUCACUGCUACUUCAGGUUACACACAGUCUACCAUUGAAAUAUCCAGUGAACCAACUCCAAUGGAUGAAAUGUCAACACCUCGAGAUGUCAUGAGUGAUGAAACAAACAAUGAGGAAAGUGAGUCACCCUCUCAGGAGUACGUGAACAUUACCAAGUAUGAGACAUCACUGUACUCUCAAGAGUAUGGCAGACCUAAGAUUUCUUCACUUAUGGAUGCUCUUAAUGGUUUAUCUGAAGGAUCCAAAACAGAGGCCACAGAAGGUAAAGAAUAUAAUGCCUCAGCUUCCACCAUCUCACCACCUUCUUCAUUAGAGGAAGACAGAUUCUGCAAAUCUGCAUUCCAAGAUGUAUACCGUCAAAAAGAAAGUGAAAUCCAAGGCACAGACAAGUUAGAAAUCAAAGAACCCUAUCAAGAAGAUGGUGGAAAACAUAGUCCAGGCAAGAGUCCAGCUGACAGUUUGUCCCCUGCAUCACCUGUUGCCAAGACACCACUGAAUGAACGUAGCGUGAUCUUUUCACUCACUCCCAAUGAAAUCAAGUUGACGUCUGAGCCUGUCCUUGUUGCUGCAAUGCCUGACGUACUUCAAGAAGCUGCUGAAGAGCACUGUGCAAGCCCUGAAGAUAAAACAUUAGAAGUCGCAUCUCCCUCCCAGUCUGCUGCUGGUAGUGCUGGCCAUACACCCUAUUAUCAGUCUCCAACUGAUGAAAAGUCCAGUCAGGUUCCCUCUGAAACCAGUGAAAAGUCCACAGAAGCUCUUGUUAGCUUUGAAUUCAGUGAAGACAAAGAUAAGUCUGGAAAAACCAGAAUAAGCCCUAUGGAUGAGCCUGUGCCAGAUUCAGAAUCUCCUAUUGAAAAGGUUCUCACACCUCUGCGGAACCCACCACUGAUAUGUUCAGGGACCACUUAUGAUACGUUUCUGAGUGCUGAUUUAAAGUCUUCCACCAGAGAUGGCAGAAGUCCUUCUGAGGGGAAACCUGAGAAAGAAAAUUCACCUGUUCAGAUGAGCCCUGCUUCUGAAGGCAGCUCUGUGGGCCUUUUCCAAGAAAAACAAGACGAAAAAAGCAUGGAGUUUAUGGUAAUUAAGGAAAGCUUCAGCCUAGAGAGGAAAAUGGAGGACACAGAACCCAGCAGCUCCCAGUCUUCACUGGUCUUGGAUGAGCGCAAGUUAGCAGGUGAUCUCUCACCUACUCAAAUAGAUAUCAGUCAGUUUGGUUCUUUAAAAGAAGAUACCAAAAUGUCAAUUUCUGAAGGCACUGUUUCUGACAAGUCUGCCACUCCUGUUGAUGAGGUUGUAGCAGAAGAUACCUAUUCCCAUAUAGAAGGAGUAGCUUCUGUCUCCACAGCGUCUGUUGCUACCAGUUCAUUUCCAGAACCAACGACUGAUGAUGUAUCUCCUUCUUUGCAUGCUGAGGUUGGAUCUCCCCAUUCUACUGAAGUUGAUGAUUCCCUUUCAGUGUCAGUUGUACAAACGCCAACAACUUUUCAGGAAACAGAAAUGUCUCCAUCUAAGGAAGAGUGCCCAAGGCCCAUGUCAAUUUCUCCACCAGAUUUCUCACCUAAAACCGCGAAGUCAAGAACACCAGUGCACGAUCACAGAUCUCCUGAGCACUCAACUAUGUCAGUAGAAUUUGGUCAGGAGUCCCCUGAGCAGUCUUUAGCAAUGGACUUCAGCAGGCAAUCUCCAGAGUAUCCUACAGUAGGCACUAGUAUGCACCAUAUAUCUGAAAAUGGGCCAACAGAAAUAGAUUAUAGUCCUUCAGACAUACAGGAGCCUACCUUUGCACGGAAGAUGUCUCCUGUAGAGCAGUCCUCUUACUCUCAGGAGAAAGAUAUUUCAGAAAUCAUUUCAGUUUCUCAGAUUGAAGUUUCAUCCUCAACUUCUUCAGCUCAUACACCUUCCCAGGUAACUUCACCACUGCCAGAGGAGACUUUUUCAGGUGCUGUUCCGCCCAGAGAUAUGCCACUACAUUCUUCAUUUACCUCAGAAAAGGUGCAGAGCCUAGGAGAAAAGCUGUCACCAAAGUCUGACCUAUCUCCAUUAACUCCACAGGAAUCUUCUCCUCUGUACUCUGCUAGUUUUCCGGAUUCAGCUCAUGCAGUCACAGAAGUAGUGUCAGCUAGUCUCACACCUUCGUUGUCACUGCAAGUGUCUUCUGUCAAAGCGUUUGCUCAUGAGGAACCCCUAACAAAGCACAGUCCAGAAUCUUUAUUCAGCCCAGAAAAAGAAGAUUCAGAGAAAAGCAGCAGGUCACCAGAAGAACUUAGUUAUUCUUAUGAGGCCACAGAGAAAACUGGUAGGUCACAGGAGGAUAUUAGCUACUCAUAUGAGGUAGUUGGAAAAUCUACUAGAUCACCUCAGGCCAUGGAUUAUUCCUAUGAGACAACUGGGAAAACCACUAGGUCACCAGGGGCCACAGAUUAUUCUUAUGAGAUCAUUGAGAAAAGUAUGAGGUCAUCUGAGGCCACAGAUUACUCUUACGAGAUGACACGGAAAACCACCAGCUCACCAGGGGCCAUGGAUUAUUCCUACGAGAUCACUGGGAAAACCACCAGGUCACAUGGAGCCACAGAUUAUUCCUAUGAGACAACGGGGAAAACCACCAAAUCACCAGAAGCCGUUAGCUACUGCUAUGAGACAGCAGGGAGGGCCACCAGAUCACCAGAGGCCAUGGCUUACUCCUAUGAGCCAACUGGGAAAACCUCCAUGUCACCUGAAGCCACAGAUUACUCAUUUGAGACAACUGGGAGAGCCAUCAGGUCACCUGAGGCUGCUAGCUAUUCCUAUGAAGCAAGUGCACAUUUCACUCCGGGAAAAUCGCUGGCAGAAUCCCGUCAAGACGUUGACUUAUGCCUUGUGUCCUCUUGUGAAUAUAAGCAUCCCAAAACUGAACUUUCACCCUCAUUUAUCAACCCGAACCCCCUUGAGUGGUUUGCAAGUGAAGAACAGUCCCAAGAGCAUGGGAAGCCAUUAACUCAAUCUGGGGGAGCUCAGCCACCUUCUGGGGGAAAGCAGCAAGGGCGGCAGUGUGAUGAAACCCCUCCCACGUCCAUGAGCGAGUCUGCCCCAUCUCAGACUGAUUCGGAUGUUCCCCCGGAGACUGAGGAAUGUCCUUCCAUCACUGCAGAUGCUAACAUUGACUCAGAAGAUGAAUCAGAAACCAUUCCAACGGACAAGACAAUUACAUACAAGCACAUCGACCCGCCACCUGUCCCCAUGCAGGAUCGCAGCCCUUCCCCUAGGCACCCUGAUGUUUCCAUGGUUGAUCCAGAGGCUCUGCCUGUUGAUCAGAAUUUAGGUAAACCUUUGAAGAAGGACCUCAAAGAAAAGACAAAGACAAAAAAGCAGAGUACAAAGGCCAAAUCAUCUUCUCCUGUUAAAAAAAGUGACGGUAAAUCAAAACAAGUGGCUUCCCCAAAGCCUGCUAUAAAAGAAUCUUUAGACAAAAUUUCCAAAACACCUUCUCAAAAAAAGAAGGAGUCUGUGGAAAAGGCAACCAAAAAUGUCUCUAAUCCAGAAGUAAAGUCUCAAGUGGAAGAGAAAGAUAAGGACACCAAGAAUGCAGCAAAUACAACAUCCAAGUCGGCAAAGACUGCAACCACAGGUCCUGGGAAUACUAAGGUGACAAAAUCUACAGCAGUACCCCCAGGACCUCCAGUAUAUUUGGAUCUGGUGUACAUUCCCAACCACAGCAACAGCAAGAAUGUUGAUGUUGAGUUUUUCAAGAGAGUGCGAUCAUCCUACUAUGUGGUGAGCGGGAAUGAUCCUGCAGCUGAGGAGCCAAGCAGGGCUGUUCUGGACUCCCUGCUGGAGGGCAAGGCACAGUGGGAGAGUAACAUGCAGGUGACCUUAAUCCCGACCCACGAUUCAGAAGUGAUGAGGGAAUGGUACCAAGAGACCCAUGAGAAACAGCAGGACCUCAACAUCAUGGUUUUGGCAAGCAGCAGCACUGUUGUUAUGCAAGAUGAAUCUUUUCCUGCAUGCAAGAUUGAACUGUAGGAACAAGACCAUGCAUCACAAGAUUAAAUUUUGUUUCCAGAAUUUCUUCAGUUUGAAAACACCUUUUCUAAAAAUUCAACCCAUCUAUUUCAACUGCUGAACUGUAUACCUGCCAAAUGCUAUACUGUGUCACAGUGAGGCAAGUCACUAAUAUUUUUCAGUCUUUGCUGAUUGCUAAGGGAAAUAACAGUAUUCCCACAGUAGGUUUCAAAUUACUGCAAAAAUACAGAUCCAGUUUCAUCUCUGCUGAACAUUUGGAAACCAUGCACUAGCAACGCCAACAGACUUCUGCCAGGUCGAGGCAUUUGCCCUCUAAAGAAACACAAAGAAAGAGAAAGAGAGAGAGGGGUAGGAGGAGAAGUAAUAAAUAAUUAAAUCUGCAUUAGUCUCAUGGCAAUAGAUGUAUCGCUUACUGUAGUUUGCUUAUGCUUUCACAUGAAAAUAAAGUUUAAAAUUUUUAUCAAACUGAGCUAUCGCAAGGGGGAUACUUUU